GCGUCUCUCCUCCCACCACCACGGCCGGAUACAGGAGUAGCCUUAGCGAGAUCCUGUCCGGUUCAAGUCGGGGUUCAAGGGGUAGCUUUAAAAGAGAGGAGAGUUGACGACUUCUUCAAUAAACCCGCAGACUUCUUGUACCGCCAGACUGCCCACAAACAUCUCAACCAACAUCACCACCACCACCGCUGUCUCGCCCACCACCACCAGCCGCUAUCCGGGGCUGCGAGUUCCGUGCCGUGCUGCAGCCUGUAGGGGUUUGUUGUUUAAUCUCGGGGUGGAUUUCUUUUUUUAAAGUCCGCUCAGUGUCGCCGCGGGCGCGUUUUAAAGAUCGGCGUUCAGUGAUUACACGGUUAAAAUAAAAACAAACUUUUUUUUUGUUUGGGGGGUUAGGGAGGCGGAUAAAACCCGCCGCUUGUCUCCGCAGGAUAUCAAGUUCGAAAGCUUUGAAGUCGAGAGAUUGCCAGGGAUGGAAUGUAGCCGUGCCGGUAUAAAUGUGGCACCACGGUGGUGAUGCAGUCAUUUCAUGGGAUUCUUUCGCCACUGGACGACAUUUGCCUUUAAGCUGGCAAAUACUACGGUCAAGUAUAUUUAGAUAUAUAUUUAAAGUGUAAGUAACACAGACUGCCCGUCAUUCGUAAGGCUCUUUUCAGAGCGCUUCACGGACACACUGCCGUUUUUAUAUUGUAAAAAACAACAACACAUCGGACAUGAUGUAUACGCCAUACGGUAUAUGGAUAGUGCUGCGUGUUGCUGGCCGCUUGGCGUUUGAAGGAGGAGGAGGAGGAGGGGUGGGGGUAUCCUUUGGAAACGUGAUUCCAAACAUACAGCUUCACGGUUAUACACGUUCCCACUGGAUGACGGACAGGACACGGAGCCGUCCGAUUGCCACUCUGCGUCGACCCGCGGCGGGCUCUGCUGGCCGCUUGGCCGUUCGGAGGAGGGACGGGGAAGCCUCUGGAACGUCUCUGGCACCGGCAAAAAAAAAAACCGUGAAUUCAAAAACGCACAGCUGACGGCCAACCCAGUCGCUUGCCCGUCGACGACGGUGACGAGCGACAAAACGGGGUCGCGAUGAACGUUCGAGGGUGCCGACUCGCGUGCGCAGCCCUCUGCUUCGUCUCGGCCGCGACCGCGUGCGAACCUUGGUCCGUGACCGCGGACGUCUCCACGACCACCGGCCACCUCCAUCGCUUCUGGAGCAGCACGGGAUUCUGCCCCCCUUUGCCCCACAAUCAGGCCGACAAGUUUAUGCUGAGUCCCGAUGAGCGGCUCAACAUGGCUUACGUGGGCGCUGUGCCGCAUGGCGGGAUCCGGCAGGUGCGCGUACACUGGCUGUUGGAGCUCGUUACCGCGCGGGAGGAGAAUGGAAGGUUGAAUUAUAACUUCACCCAGCUGGACUCGAUGAUUGGGCUUCUCAUACAAAACGGUCUUAGACCUGGAUUCGAGCUCAUGGGCAGCCCGUCUGGCUUCUUCACCGACUUCGAAAACAAAACGCAGCUGGUGGCGUGGAAGAGCCUGGUCUCGGAGCUGGCAAAGCGCUACGUCGAUAUGUAUGGGCUGCGUGAAGUCCUUCAGUGGAACUUCGAGACUUGGAAUGAACCAGAUCACGGCGACUUCGACAACAUCAGCAUGACGGUGCAAGGCUUUCUAAAUUAUUAUGACGCAUGCUCGGAGGGGCUGCGACAAGCGAGUCCGCGGCUGAGGUUCGGGGGACCCGGGGACUCGUUCCGGCCUCCACCACGCUCUCCCAUGUGUUGGGCCCUCCUCCAGCACUGCCACAACGGAGCAAACUACUUCACAGGGGAGCGUGGGGUGCGCCUCGACUACAUCGCCAUGCACAAGAAGGGCAACGGCAGCUCCAUGCACAUUCUGGAGCAGGAGCUCGAGGCCGUGGACUUGAUCCAGCGCCUCUUCCCACGUUUCCAAGCCACUCCCAUCUACAACGACGAGGCAGACCCGCUCGUCGGGUGGUCCACGCCGACAGAGUGGAGGGCCGACGUCACCUACGCAGCCAUGGUGGCCAAGGUGAUCGUUCAACACCAGCGUCUGCUCAUGGCCAAGCCCAACGGCACGAUCAAGUACACGCUGCUCAGCAACGACAACGCCUUCCUGAGCUACGUGCCGCACGUCUUCACACAGCGCACGCUGGCCGCACGUUUCCAGGUCAACGACACAAGGCCGCCGCACGUGCAGAUGAUCCGCAAGCCCGUGCUCUCCGCCAUGGGAUUGCUGGCUCUCCUCGGGGAGCGGCAAGUACUGGCGAACGUUUAUCGUCCGGACGGGCACAAGGAAGGGGCCAAUGGGACAUUCGGAGUCCUGGCUAGCACUCACGAGGUAGCCGCGAGCCUCCCGGCCACCGACAGCUGGCAGUGCUCGCUGCUCAUCUACAACAGCGACGACGUGAGGACGUCUACCUGCGUCAGCCCAGUCACCGUCGUCGUUAGCAACCUCCCGUCUGACAAAGAACUGGUGUACGUUGGAUAUCAGUUGGACAAUAAGCAAACAAAUCCCUACGCACUGUGGAAAGCCAUGGGCAGCCCGCCCUUUCCAUCUCCCAAGCAGUUUCGACUCCUGCGUGAACUGGAGGAUCCGGUGGUUAGCAGUCCGCUGCCUGUGUUGGGUGUUGGCCCGUUGCGACUCACACUGGCCCUGCCUCAGCCGUCGGUCUAUCUGCUGCACGUGUGUGCUAAGCCUCAAGGUGUGCCAUGUCAGGUCGCUGGACUCCGCGUGAUGCCUCUCACCAAAGGUCAGGCCCUCGUCGUGUGGGACGACGAUGGUGCGUGCUCCCGGUGCUUGAAAACGUUUGAGGUGGAGUUUUCACCGACAGGGGAACGCUACGCGAGGAUCCACGUGAAGGACAGCAUUUUCACCCUUGCCGUUCACUCCCCAACUCUCAGCGAUCCUGGAGGUGGAUCUGUGACGGGAUUCUACAGAGUCCGUGCUGUUGAUUACUGGAGUCGUCCUGGAACAUUCUCUCUUCCUGUUUAUUAUAAAGACCGUGCGCAAACUUAAUGAGUCCCAUCCUGAUCCAAAAAAUAUUCAACAUAAUCUGUAAAAAAAUAAUUCCUCUAAUAUCCCUGUAGUUGAUUUACAGGGAUAGUAGAAAAAAGUUUACAUUGUUUUUAAUCCACAAUGCCACAAUAGUCUGUACGAAAUUAGAAUGUAAUUGUGCAGUUGAAGAUUAAUCAUCCAAAAUGUUUAUUAGGUUAACAGAACAAUGGGCAGCUCGGGAUGAGUGCAACCCUUUGAUCACCACAUGAGUGGAAAGGCUUUAAAGCAAAACAAGAGCACCAGCCAAGCGAUUCUUUAGUAUAUUUGUAUUGGUGAUACGUCUUCUGCUACCUUACGUCCAUAACCAAGCUUACUCCAGAUUCUUUUUAAGGUUGACAACUAUAUUGAAUGCCCUGUGCUAAUGAGUGUUUACUCUUUCAUUUAUUUAUGCUUGAAAUAAGGCAAUGUGUUUUAUGUUUUGGAAAGUUAUGAUAGUAAAGUAUUAAGAACCUUAUUGAAGACCCAACAAAGCAACAGCCUGGCCUCUGUCUUCUUACCCCACGACAGUGGACCACUUUCAACCAUGUCCGAACAACACAUGGAAGGUGUGGACUUUUCCUCUAUAAAUGGAAGAUCAGGGACUCGCCAAACUGCAAAUGCAGUCAGAUGCCACCCCUCGGGCAUAUCAAUACAACACGCAUGUUCUGGUGGAACAAGCGGACCCCACUUGGCUACCCUUAGAUGCUGUGGAAUGGCUGCCAACAUUGAACAUACAACUGUCGCCUGUUGCGUUUUUUUCAAAUGCCAUACAAAAGAAAAUAACAGUACAGUGUUAUUUUAAUCCCAUACAUAUUGAAACGCAUUUCUCAAGGGACAGCACGUCAAUAUUGUAUGUACAAUAUGAGAGAAGUGUUUAGUUACAUGAUGUUGCCGUUUAUUUGUUUAAAAUGAAAAACGCAAUUUAAGUAAAUGCACCGUAAGCAGCUCAAUCUACAAUGUUUCGGUAGUAAUGUAAUUUAAUAAACACGUCGAUUAACAUAA